AUGAUGUGGAACUCUUUACUCAGGAAAUGUAAUUAUUUUAACGAAAAAUGUCUCAGUCAUCUGUGGGGAAAAUGCCGAUUAUUUUACAUAAAUUUGGCUUUUAAAAACUUUUCCUUAACUGUUGAUGCUUUUUUUUUUUCAACUCUGUUCCUGAUGGUAGCUGAUUCCACCCAAAGUGAUUCUGCCUUGGAACGGAAAAAGAGACGUCGGGAUGAUAAGGAUUACCAUAAAAAGAAUAAAAGAGAUGGCAACAGAUCAAGACAUAGUCACUCGCCACAUAGAAACAGCAGUAGCAGCAGACGAUCAGCAGGGUCUCAUUCCGAGAAGUCCAGCCAAAAGGAAGAGGAUUCAGACAAUAGUGAUAUGGAUCUUAGUAAACCUCUUAAGCCAAUUGGUUCAUACAUUAAAAACAGAAGUGAGAUGCUUGAUCAAAUGUUCCACUGCAUCAAAGGAAGCACUCUGAAAAGUGCCAUUCCAGAAGAAUUGAAGUGCAUGAGCUAUCAAGAAUUAAAACAGCAUUGUCUUGCUCAGUUGGAAGUCAUGUCCAAGAAACGCAUCCUUCGGAUAUUAGCUGGUGACGACCCUGCAAAUAUAUCAUCUUCAGGAACUGAAGAAUCAGGUGAUGACCUAGAAAAUAAACGCACAGAUUCUACACAGAUCCUAGGCAGAGAGCCCGAAAGCGACCAUUUUAGCUGA